GAACUGUCGACAUUAAUUGACAGAGACUUAAUUUUAUGUGACAAUCAAUUUGGCAAACGAUACGCUGGGAAGUAGAUUUGAAGAGAGAUGCAAGAUGUCGCUAAACGCGGGCAGCUAUCGAGUGAGCGAUUUAAGUCGAGGAAUGACUCUGAGAAAUGCCAGCGAGAAUCGAAGACUGGCAGGACAUCUUCAACAUCUCGAUCUUCAGCUACAACAGAAUCUUGUCAAUAUGCAGGCCGAGAUUUUGGACUUAAAGCAAUCGCGUAAAGGAAUGUUACCCGCCAGACAUCAGCGACCGAAAGGAUCUUUUGGGAGAACGGUAGGCGAUCCUAGACAAAGUAAAAGCCGUCAAGAUCGUUCGAGACCUCGAAUGGUUUCGCCUCUCACGAUACAGGGCAGUAGUAAAGAAUUUUCAAAACCAUUUUUGCCUCAAAUCAGCACGAAAAACACAGCUUUGGUUGUCAAACGGGAUUUCGGUAUCGAAACCAGACCGAACUCAUCGAGUAGUCCUGCAGGCUCCCGGCGUACGCGGGGGCUAUCAUCUGAUAAUGACUUAUCAUCAAGUAAUCUAUACAGACCAAAAUCAUCACCAAAUUUAGUUGCAAAAUUAGAACGCAGCAAAGCCACAAGCCAGCCACGUCCUGAUUUAGGUAGAGGAACUAACGUUCAGCCUCUUGAAAAUUCCGAUGAAAAGUUGGUGAGUCGAAGUUCUGAUGAAUUUUCAAACACAUCAUUGGAGCUUAAUGAUCGUGUAAGUGACUUCUUAAAGAGACCUAAUACGAGAUCGGGCGAGCGAGGAAAACGGGAAGAAAAUGAACCAAAAAAGGAGGGAAGUGACGCAAUUCCAACGAUUAAUAUCGAAGAUCAAAGUGAACCUUGCGACUGGGAACUCGAAGCAAACUCCGAAGAAGAAAAUCAAGGCGCACAUGAACACGAUCAUGGAUUUUUGUCAGACGAAGAACUAUUCAGAAACUCGUUACUCUUAAGAGCUGAUCGAGAUGACGGUCUUACGCGAUCAAUGCCAGAUUUAUCCAGUCUUGGAUUCAUGGAUUUCAACGAGGUUAUUGAUCAACGCUUGCGAAAGCUGCAAGAAGAAUUACCAUCGAAGGAAGAAAUGCGGAAAAUACGCUAUCUGAGAUUUCGAGAUGAGCCAACUCCGCCACCUCUUUUGUCAGUUUUUAACAAAGGUAGUGUCGGGGAAAUGGAUAAAAUUGAUGAGUAGAAAUUGUGAUUAUGUAACAAUUCGUUAUGAAACAUCCUUUACACAUCGAUGUUCCGUGGAGAACUGCGAUAAACUUAAUUGGAUUUAUGCAAUAUCGAGGCCCUCAUAGAGGGUUAUAUGGUCUCAUUCAAUUUAUUAUUGCAUGCUAAGACCCUGUUAUUGUGUUUUGAUAACCUGGCUUACCUGCCUACUUAGUGCGACACAAUAAGAAACUUCGACGCCUUUGUAAAGUUCAAAGAGGCACAUUGAAGAUUAUAUCCUUCUGCAUUUAUCUCUAAAUUUAACACACAUAUCUUUUGGGCACAUGAAAUGGUGCCGUAGAUGAAAAUCUUUUGUAUUAGUUGAAAACCCACGCAGAAAAUUAAAUUGAAUGGAAAUUGUGCACUUUAUAGAAAAUUUUUUAAUAUUCUUUAGUCUCUAACUUUGUCCUUGACGACUAUGGAAUUAUGAAAGACUCGAAAACUAGGAAUACCGAAAAUUCCGUAGCACUUCAGACUUGACUCUAGGUCUUCAGUCGCACGUAUGUGUAGAUUUCCUUCCAACUAUAUCGGAAUUCUGUAGCAUCUAAUAUCAAUAAAGUUUUGAAAAGCUACUAAAAUAUUUGCGCAUGCUUUCUCUCUACUUUAGAAAAGAUAUUCACGCAAGAGAGCUUUCUUUGUUUC